AUGUCAUUGCAACUAAUUAGAGCUACCGUAAGAAUAAGGCCUCAACUUGUUAGUAUCAGAGCCUUCCAGACUACUAGGAAUCCAUGGAGUAAGAAUUCCAUGAAGGAAAGCCUGGAAGAUAUUAAUCUGAAAGUAGGAAAAGCUGCUGCAGAAGGUAUUGAAAAGACAGAAGAUGCCAGCAAAAAAGUGAGUGAGAAGACGAGUGAUGCAUUCAAGCAAUUUGAACAAAAAUUUAAUAUCAACGAGGGAAUUGAUAAAAUGAAGGAUAAAAGUAAGAAAUUGAAAGACGAUAUUAUGUCCAAGGGACAAGAAAUGAAGGAUAAUACCAUGUCCAAAGGGAAGGAAAUGAAAGAAGAUCUUAAAGAUAAGACUGAUGACGCUAUGGCCAAAGGUAAAGAUAUGAAGCAGGAUGCUAUGGUGAAAGGUAAAGAAAUGAAAGAUGAGGCCAAAUGGAAGGGACAGCAAAUGACUAACGAAGCAAAAUUAAAAGGCAAAGAAAUGGAAAAAGAGACAAAGGCAAAAGUUGAUAAUUUGAAAGAAAAUGUAGAGGGGAAGACAAAGUAA